AUGGACUUUGACCAGGUGUCUGUAGAUGCCGCCAUGCAAGCCCAGGAAGCUACGCGCAAAGCGGCGCUUCUACAGCAUGCGACUGGCGAUACACACUGGGUGCUGAACACAAAACUUGAGAACCCAGCCAUCACAAAAGCUUCCAAGGCCCCACGAAAGAUUGUCUACGUUGGCUAUGGUGACAUAGACUCUGAAAACGACAGCGGUGACGGGGAAGACGUCGCAGCGCACGGGCGCACAUCAACACAUAAGCCCAAGUCGAAGAGCGAGGACUCGCAAAAACCAAGGGGCGACGAAUCUGGCGACGAGUCUGAACAAGACUCGGACGAUAGCGAGGACUCGAAUCCCAAAAAGCGCAAAGAACGCGGCUCACAGCGAGACCAAAGUAGAUCGCGCUCCAAGUCGCGCACACGCGCGAGUGCCACAGAGAUGAAAGCUAAAGAACUGCGCGAUAAGCGUAGGAAAAAAGAGGUGCGACUAAACAACAUCACGUCCAUCUCGGGGGCUAGCGGCAACUCGCCCAGCAACAAGUCCAUGACCUGCUAUAACUGCCACCAGCCUGGUCACAUGGCUUCUGACUGCCCCCGACGCAAGUCUAGUGGACGUGGCCGGUGA